AUGGCUUUAGAUACGUUAGAUUAUUCAGUAAUGGUAGCGUUGGCGCUUGCCAUAUUGGCAUAUUUAGGAAAGGAUAAAUUUUGGCCUGGAGACGAUGGAACGUCGGCCGGUUUUGUCGCUAAUAUGUCAGCUGGAGGUCAUUCAAGGGAUUUGAUAGAAACAUUGAAUAAAAAUAAUAAGAACUGUAUUAUUUUUUACGGGAGUCAAACAGGUACCGCCGAAGACUACGCGUCCAAGUUGUCCAAGGAGUUGGGUUCGAGAUUCGGGUUAAAGCCAAUGACAGUGGACUUUGCGGACUAUGAUUUUGAUAACUUUGCAGAAAUUAGUGAAGAUGUUUUAUGCUUCUUUUUGAUGGCUACUUAUGGUGAAGGGGAGCCAACAGAUAACUCUAUUGAUUUUUUCAAUUUCUUAGAUAACGAAGCAGACACACUCUCAUCAUUACGAUUCUCCGUGUUCGGAUUAGGUAACUCGACGUAUGAAUUUUACAAUGCGAUAGGUAAGAAAACUAAUGAAAGAUUACAAGAGUUAGGUGCAGAAAGAUUCAGUGCUUAUGGAGAAGGUGACGAUGGUUUGGGUACCAUGGAUGAAGAUUUCUUAAGUUGGAAAGACCUGGUCAUCGAUUCGUUAAAGAAUAACUUGAAUUUUGAAGAACACGAAGCAGUCUAUCAACCAAGUUUGAAAUUGAUAGAAUCGGUUCAUUCAAUGGAUGAUGCAGUGGUUUCACAUGGUGAACCAAAUUCCGCUUAUGUUUCAAAUUCAGUAGAUUUGUCUAAGGGUCCAUUUGAUCAUUCACAUCCAUUUUUAUCAAAAAUUGUAAAAACUCAAGAGUUAUUCAAUUCCAAGACAAGGUCUUGUGUUCAUGCAGAAUUUGAUUUAUCGGGAACCAAUUUAAGAUAUUCCACAGGUGAUCACUUAGCAAUUUGGCCAUCAAACUCAAAUGAAAAUAUCGAUAGAUUUUUAGAAGCUUUUGGUUUAUUCGAUAAAGCGGAUGUCGUUUUUGAACUUAGGGCUGAAGAUUCGACAGUUGCAAUUCCAUUCCAUACUCCAAUUACAUAUGGUGCCGUUGUUAGACAUCAUUUAGAAAUUUCUGGUGACGUCUCCAGACAGUUCUUUUUGGCAAUCGCCCAGUUUGCUCCAGAUGAAGAAACGAAGAAGGAGGUGUUAAGAAUAGGUAAUAGCAAAGAAUUUUUCGCUAAGGAAAUUCAUGAAAAGUGUUACAAUAUGGCGGACGCUUUAUUGAACCUUUCCAAUGGAAAGCCAUGGAAGAAUGUUCCUUUUGAAUUUAUUGUGGAAUCUGUUCCACAUUUGCAGGCACGUUACUACUCGAUCUCUUCAUCGUCUUUGUCCGAAAAAACGACUAUCCAUGUUACAGCGGUUGUUGAAUCUGAGAAAAUAGGAGAUCAAUUAGUGACAGGCGUUGUCACCAACUUAUUAAAAAAUAUAGAGAUUGCGCAAAAUAAUAAGUCAGAUAAGCCCACCGUUACAUACAAUUUGAAAGGCCCAAGAAACAAAUUUUCGAAUUACAAGUUGCCAGUUCAUGUUAGAAGAUCAACGUUUAAGUUACCUAGCAACCCAUCAACUCCAAUAAUUUGUAUUGGACCUGGUACUGGUAUUGCUCCUUUCAGAGGAUUUGUUAGAGAAAAAAUUUCUCAAAUAAAGACCAACAACGCCACUAUUGGUAAAGUAAUGUUAUUCUAUGGUUGUAGAAAUGAAGAUGAAGAUUACUUGUACAAAGAUGAAUGGCCUUCUUAUGCUCAAGUAUUAGGAUCACAAUUUGAAAUGAAUGUUGCUUUUUCUAGAAAGGAUCCUAAUAAGAAAGAGUAUGUUCAACACAAGUUAUUAGAAAAUGCUGAACAAAUUAAUUCAUUAUUAAAUGACGGGGCUUUUAUAUAUGUCUGUGGUGAUGCUUCUAAAAUGGCAAGAGACGUACAGAGCACUUUAGCUAAGAUCAUAGCUAAAGGAAGAGAUAUUUCUGAUGAAAGGGCCGCAGAGUUGAUUAGAUCUUACAAGACUCAAAAUAAAUAUCAAGAAGAUGUAUGGUAG